AUGUCGAGGGUGUACAUCGGAAGGCUGAGUUAUCGGGCCAGGGAGAAGGACGUCGAGAGGUUCUUUAAGAGCUACGGGAAGAUACUAGAAGUCGAUUUGAAAAACGGGUACGGUUUCGUUGAAUUCGACGACCCGCGCGACGCCGACGACGCGGUUUACGACCUGAACGGGAAGGAGCUUUGUGGGGAGCGAGUGAUUGUUGAGCAUACAAAAGGACCCCGACGUGAUGGAGGUUACAGUGGAGGAGGCGGUGGUUACGGAGGACGUUGGGGCCGAGACCGCUAUGGUCCACCUAUUAGGACGGACUACCGGCUCAUUGUCGAGAAUCUGUCGAGCCGAUGUAGCUGGCAGGACUUGAAGGAUUACAUGAGGCAAGCAGGCGAAGUGACUUACGCCGACACCCACAAGGGCCGUAAGAAUGAGGGCGUGAUCGAGUUCAGGCUCUACGCCGACAUGAAGCGGGCUCUUGAGAAGCUGGACGGAACAGAGGUCAACGGCAGAAAGAUCCGGCUGAUCGAAGACCGCCCUGGCGCCAAACGCCGACGCUCUUAUUCGCGCAGCCGAAGCCGAUCUAGGUCCCGCUCCAGGAGCCGCAGAUCCCGCAAGAGCCGAAGCCGCAGCGAAAGCAGCAGCCGAAGCCGCUCCCGGUCCAGGCCGGCUUCCCGAUCCCGCAGUCACUCGACCAGCAAGAAAAAUAAAGGAAAGAGCAAGAAGGAAGAGGACCGCAGCAACGGCGACCAGAAAGAAAAAGACCAGAGCAGGAGUCGCAGCCCUAAAAGCAAGAAGCCCAAGAAAGACGGAAAAAAGAGCAAAAACGAAGAGUCGAGGUCCAGGUCAAGAUCCCGGUCUCGCUCCCGUUCGGUCUCCAGGAAGUCAGUCUCAAAGGGUCGCGACCCGCCCAAGAGCGACGACGAGGCGGGCGAACAAGAGCGAGGGUCUCGCUCCUGCUCGCCAGUCGACUCCAAAGCCAGAGCCGGGUCCAAAUCAAAGUCCAAAUCCAAGUCUCGUUCGCCUUCCCCCGUCAAAGACCGCUCGCGAUCCGCUUCUCGUUCGGUUUCUCGCUCCAAAUCCCGUUCCCAGUCUCGCUCUCGUUCUCGCUCGUAG